AGGAAAGCGGAGUUAAAACUGUGGUUUUAUAGCCGUGGCCCCAUGACCCCAUCGCUCUGGGGUAACGUGGUAUAGGAUGGGGUUGUGCACGGAUCGAUAGAUCACUGUGCAUUAAGUUCACAAAAAAUCAUGACUUGAAGUGAAGUAAAACAAAAUAAAAUAAAUGAGAACACCCCGUCGUGGUCAUGCUACAAAAAGCAACCGAAGCCUCUAAAUCCUCAUUUACCAUGCAGAAACCCACACACAACCCCAGCCGUACCCCCACCACCCCAACUCACGUGCUUACGCAAACAUACCCUCUCACCACACCAGGCAAGAACACAUAUAUAAGCACCUUCUCCCAGCAACGACAACAACAAGAGCGACAACAGCACAGAACUGUGUUACGAGGCAUUAAAGCACACGGUGUCUUGUCGAAGAAGAGUUCGCCUUGUAUGGGUGCUGUUGAUUCCGUUAUGAGGUUGGUCGAGGACGACGUUCUGGGAGGUUUGGGUUUGGGGGCUGUGGUAGGAUGAUGGUGGAGGUGGUGUUGGUGCGUAGUGUAGCUGGUGCACGGUGAUUGGUGACGGUGUUUGGAGGGCGUGAUGAGGGACUGCGUUUACGGGGAAGUGCUGGCGGGAUGGGGAUGGGGAUGGGUUUGGGUUU